CCGGCGCUGCUGCUUCCAAGCCGCCCCUGGAAUUUAGGUCAAAACAGCAGAACUGGGGAGGUUCUGCUUUUGCCCUGGGUCCGCGGCAGCGCUCGGGGCGGUUUGGUUCAGAGCAGGAGGAGGUUCAGGGGGUGAAGCCCGAGGAAGUCGCGGCUUUUGGGAGGGUUUAGGGGAGGGUUGGGAUCCCCCCUUGUGAGGAGCUGCCCCGGCCGCGGGGGCUGUUCGGGAUGUGGGGCUGCUCUAACCAGGCCAGGUGGGCAAAGGGCAGCAGAGCCUGUUUGUUCCUGCAUCUGUGCCCCUCGGAUGCAGGCAGGAAUGAGUUACAGCCUGACUGUGAUGAGGAAACGACACAGUUUUUUAAAACAAACAGUCCCAUCCCCACCUCCUCCCGUUCCCAAACUCUGAAGAACUUUUCCUGUCCCUGAAAUGAGGGCACUUGCCAGGGGUUGAGGCACAGAUCAGCACGGGAGCUGGACCUGGAUCAGGUUUUCUUCAGGACUUGUCUGAGCAAGAGCAGGUAACUUUGCACAGCGAGACCCUGGGUUUGGCCCCACCAUGGCCACGGUGGUGACGGAGAAGCUCAGCCAGCUCUUCAUCAACGCCAGGCAGCUCCCGGCGCUGCUGGGGCCGCUGUCCCUGGGCACGGUGAGCAGCGCCGAGGUGCCGCCGGUCUUCUGGAAGCCCUACAUCCACGGCGGCUACCGGCCCGUGCGCCAGACCUGGCGCUACUACUUCUCCACGCUCUUCCAGCAGCACAACGAGGCCGUCAACGUGUGGUCACACCUGGCACCGGCGCUGGCGCUGCUGCUGCGCCUGCUGCGCCUCUGGCAGCGCGUGGACUUCGGGCAGGACGAGCACGCCCGGCCCCUGCUCAUCAUCCUGGCCGCCUCCAUCACGUACCUGACGUUCAGCAGCCUGGCGCACCUGCUGCAGGCCAAGUCCGAGUUCUGGCACUACAGCUUCUUCUUCAUGGACUACGUGGGGGUGGCCGUGUACCAGUACGGCAGCGCCCUGGGCCACUUCUACUACGCCAUCGAGCCCGGCUGGCACCGGCGCGUCCGCGGCUUCUUCCUGCCGCUGGCGGCGGCGCUGGCCUGGCUGUCCUGCGCCGGCUCCUGCUACGCCAAGUUCCGCUUCCACCCGGGCUGUGCCCUGCCCGGCCGCCUGUGCCAGGAGCUGCCCUCGGGGCUGGCCUAUGUGCUGGACAUCAGCCCCGUGCUGCACCGCGUCUGCACCGCCGCGCGCCCCGACCCCGCCCUGCUCUACCACAAGGGCCAGGUGCUCUUCUUCCUCCUUGGGGCCUUCUUCUUCUCCCACCCCUACCCCGAGAAGUGGUUCCCCGGCAAGUGCCACUUCUUGGGGCAGAGCCACCAGAUCUUCCACGUGUUCCUGGUGCUCUGCACGCUGGCGCAGAUCGAGGCCGUGGUGCUGGACUACGAGUCCAGGAGGGAGAUCUACUCCUCCCUCCAUGCAGGCCUGGCUCACGACUUCUGUGCCCUGUUCCUGGUCACUGUCACCUGCUCUGUCCUCACAGCCGCCUACAUGGCCCACAGGGUGAAGCACAAGCUGCGCCUCAAGGAGGAGUAAAGAAGAAAUCCCAGCCCAAAUCGUGCCCCGAGCCUCCAGAUGCUGCUUCCUGAACUGUCCCUCUGCAAGUGCUUUCUCUAGGGAAUGGAAGAGAUGCUUUUUAUGCUUUUUUAAUCCAGCCUAAGUUCCAGCUUGCUCACAGAAUGGUUCACGGGUUCUGCUCACCUCUGAAUAAACAGCUGGAACAAA